UUCCCACAGAGCUCUAUGACAGUACGCUUGCUCGUUCGAUCGAUUGUUGUGUUCAUUUCAACGAUUAUCCAGGGUGCUGACAUUUCACCACAGUAACACUACGGUAAAAAGCAUCAUUGGGUUGUAGUGUAGUACAUCGCAGCUAUUUAUUGUUGAAAGAUGGAAUUAUAGAACAAUAACGCUGUGUUGUUAAAAAUAUUGCUUUAAAGAUUUUCGUCUUUAUUGUGGAUAUUCAAUAUAAACGCUCAUUCCUUGGAAUAAAUAAAUUGAAAACUUUGGAUUAUUCGGCAAAAAACUUAUCACAAUGUGAUUGAUUCAUUAUAAUUUAUACGAUAAACAAUUUACAAUUAAAGGUAUUUUGACCAAAUUUUACAACGGGAAGGAGUCAUGCGAGCGUAUGGAGGCAUUCCAAUCCUGUACCUUACGAUUGCGGUGUGCAUCUCUGUCACUUUAGUCACUGCAGUCGUCGGCUAUGUUUCCUGGGUGUUAUGUCGCCGGCGGAAGAAACACACAGUGACCUGGAAGAAAACGUUCAAAGACAAUGACAGUUCACCGGAAUCAGUACUUGAUAGAAACCUGAAAAUAAGCAAAAGUACCCCGGAAUUAGCAAGUGAAUGUGAUCAGGAAACGGCAGCAUCUAGAUAUUCUAAAGCUAAAUCGUUUUUCAAAUCUCUGCGUCAGUCUACAAUGCCAACUGUGUCACAAAGACAUCAAUUAUUUCACCGACAGCUAUCGCAUCAAAUUGAUCUCUCAAAAAUUGAGUUCUCUGUGCAGAGUGCAAAACAUACUGAACAGCCAAAUCUUGGCGUUAUCAAGCCCGAACUAUAUAAACAAGCUUCAGUAGAAAGUGUUAGAUCUGAACAUGCUGUUUGCGGCCAGCUACGUUACAGUCUGCAGUAUGACUACGAACUGGAGCAAUUUAAUGUCGGUGUAAUUCAGGCUGACAAUCUUCCACCGAAAGAUUUCUCCGGAACUUCAGAUCCCUACGUUAAAACAUAUCUUCUACCUGAUCGUAGGCAAAAAUUCCAAUCAAAAGUUCAUAGAAAGACUUUGAAUCCGGAAUUUCACGAGAAGUAUAUAUUUAGUGUGCCGUUCGCGGAACUAGGAGACAGAGUGCUACAAUUUAAUAUUUAUGACUUUGAUCGUUUUUCUCGCCAUGAUCUAAUUGGUACAGUGACAGUUCCGGAUGUUGUGCCUGAGGGUUGUCGGCUGACGACAGAAACAUUUUUUGUUCGAGAUAUACUAUCGUCAUAUCAGGAGAAGUUCGACCUCGGCGAACUGAUGCUAACAUUGUGUUAUUUACCGACGGCAGGCCGUCUCACACUUACGGUUGUAAAAGCCAGAAAUCUCAAAGCAAUGGAUAUCACAGGGUCAUCAGAUCCAUUUGUGAAGGUGACACUAGUUUGUCAAAACAAACGAAUCAAGAAAAAGAAAACGUCGGUGAAGCGGAACAUCCUCAAUCCUGUCUACAAUGAAGCGAUGGUUUUUGAUGUUCCACAAGAAAACGUAGAUGACGUAGAACUUAUCGUUAAAAUCAUUGAUUAUGACAGAAUUGGCCGAAAUGAAGUUAUGGGAUGCUGCGCUGUUGGUCCUCGUUAUGUCGGUGUGGGACGCGAUCACUGGUUUGAAAUGCUUGAAAACGCACGGAAACCUGUAGCUCAAUGGUAUACAUUACAAGAGCACGUACAAUAUUCAGACUAUAAAAGUGGUGGUGGUAAAGGGUGUUUCCGGUAUAGACAGACCACAGUGGACUCUACGUGUAGUGAAGAUACACAAUGAAUAUGAUACAGACAAAAACCAUUACGUCAACAUAAUAUUCGUCUGCAGCAUUCAUUUGCCAUAUUAAAUUUUAUUCGGUCAUCACAGCAGAAGAAAUAUUCAUUUAGAUAGAGGUACAGUAAUAAACCAUGUGUAUGAAACAUCAGGGUAAAACUUUAAAAGGAUGUUUUAAUACGAUCGUACGCUAUUGAAAGAAAAGUUUUAGGACAGUUUAAUUAUAAUGUACGUAUAUGCCAGCUAUUUAACAGUUAAGGAAGAAGUGAUAUAUACAGUUUACAUAAUAACGAUCAAAAGACACUAUAGGUGAAGUUGCUUGAAUUUUCAAAAUCGGUUACAAUAACCAAUGAUUAUAUAGAACAUGUCUGACUUAAAAUACAUCUGCGGGAUUCAGAGUGACUUGUGUUGUAGUGUGGCAUAGAAAAAUAAGAUGUUUUCUUUCUGGAUGGAACCGUUCUAUCAUUAAACAAAAUGUUGUUACUUGAUAAAUAAAUCAAGUUUUGUCAUUAUAUUUUUCUAUAUAUUUGUCUAAUGAUUUCACUGUUGUAAGUUUAUUGAUUUACUUAAUUUGUGAAGUGAAAACUUGCCCGCUUUUAAUAUGUUUAAAAACACCUUGCUGUUUAGUAAUGUGGAUAUAAAGAUUUUUAGUAUGGGAUGUGUAUAACAGAAGCACUUCGCAGAAAUAACACUUUAGGUAUUGUUUUUACUACGGUGAUUUAGCAAAAUUAAUGCCAUAUUUCCAUUAUGAGUUUUAUUAUUUUGAUUUUUUAAACAAAAUCUGUAAAAAAAAACAACACAAAACAGUAACUUUCUACUGGCAAAAUAUUAAAUAUGUCUUUAAUUUCAACUUCAUGUAACCGGCUAUAGUCUUUAUGAAGUUAUAAGUGUUUGUUUCACUAAAUGGAAGCCAGCCACACUAAUGUUUUAUUGGUGGUUUACAUAAGGUUCAAAACGUUUUAUUUGCGUUUCAUAUGUUACCUAUACCAGAGGGGUUAAAAAGUUUUCUUGGUGUUCCAUACAUUACCGAUACACGGGGGAUCAAAAAGUUUUCUUUCUGUCCAAUAUAUUUCCUAUACCAAGGGUGAUAAAACAUUUGCUUUUUGUCUCCUACAUUACAUUACGCAGGGUGAUCAAAAAUUUCACGGUGCCUCUUAUAUUACCUAUGCCAGAGGGAUCACAUCUUUUCGUGGUUUUUCAUACAAAACUCAUACCAGAGUGAUCAGAUAUAUUACCUAUACCAGGGACAUCAAAAUGGUGACUUUGUGUUUCAUAUAUUACAUAAUAUAUCAGUGGGAUUCAAAAACUUUUUCUUGUCAUACGUUUUUUAUUCAAAGUACAUGUAUUUUGACGCGCUAUACGAAGGAAUUGACAAUAAUAAUUUAACUGCAAUAUUUAGAUUUUUUUAAUGUUGAUAAACUGUCGAUUCAAUGCAAGGACAUUUCCGCUAUCGUCGCGUUUUCUAUGGCAUUUCGGCAUUUCAGAUCGUAUUCGCUACAAAGCUAUGUUACUGUUAGUAAUAUCCUGUUUAUUUUGCAUUGUUUUCACAUUUCCUGCUAUUGUUACGUGAAACAACGUACGAUAUUUAUCGAAAAAUGAAUCUUACGUAAUGUUGUUGACGUUUGAAAGUACUUCCAGUGCAGUCAGUUCUAUGCAUUCAAGUAUCGCGAACAUGGCGUCACUAUCCUUGCGGCAGAUCAACCAUAUAAUAUAAGGAAUAAAACAUACACACAAAGAAUUUGGUUUGUACAUUUUUGUUUAAUUUUUUUGUGUAGUUCAAUGCAUGGGAAGCGUUGCGUCCCGUCACAGUAUGAAAAUUGAAGUGGAAUUGAAGUGAAAAGCUGUCAUAUAUUUAUCUAACGUCGGCCGAUUUCCCUUUGAAGACAAUCAAAUCAUUAUUUGAAGUCUUGUUCAUAAUAUAUCUGUUCCUGAUGUCUUUCAGUGUUGAUAAAAUUUCAAAUUAAUAUUUUUAUACUCCUGUGCAUCACGUGUACUACUUUAAUUAACUUGCUCUUUCUGGAUCACAUUCUAGUCUGUUUUCAUUUUUAUAAGUCCUAUCGUUAACCUAUUAAAAUUUUUAUCAGUGUUUUAACUAGUAAAUUAGCAUAAAAUAAAAUGUUUUCAUGUCUU